AUGGUGGACUACGCCAGCCUGUUCUCCCGCAACCUGCCCCGCUCUGUGGCAACUCCGGAGGGUGCGGGCGCACAGGUCAAGUACAUAUUCUCCGUAACCAAUGCGGUGCCCGAGGUUAUCGACGCCGACGAGUAUCUCACUGCCAUCGCCUCCGGUCUCGCGGGUGGCGGCGCGGCCUCGCUGGCUGGCUACCCACCCGCCGGCGGACACGUCGGCUUGCGGGAGCUGAUCGCCCAGCGCCUGGCUUCCAAUCGCGGAUUCAACACCUCCCCCGACGACGUCUUCAUAGCCGACGGCGCCGGCGGGUCCAUCACCAUCCUGCUGGAUUCCUUCAUCAACCCCGGCGAUCCUGUCCUGGUGGAAGAAUUCACAUAUAUGGGCAGCCUCCGCAUGAUGAUGGAACGUGGCGCCGAACCCAUCCAUGUACCAAGCGACGAUGACGGUAUGCUCCCCGACGCCGUCGAAGACAUCCUGUCGUCCCUGAAUACGGCCGGUCGCCGCGCCAAGUUCAUCUGGACCAUUCCCGUCUUUCAAAACCCGCUUGGCUACACCGUGUCCGAAGCCCGGCGCAACGCCCUGCUCGACGCGGCCGAACGCUGGGGUGUGCCCAUCCUGGAGAACGAGUCCUACGCCGACUUCCGCAUCGACGGCGACCCGUUGCCGCCGGCCAUGUCCGGCAUGAGGGAUAACGCCGAUGUCAUGUACGUCUCGUCAUUCACCAAGUUGCUGGGCUGCGGGUUGCGCGUCGGUUUCGGCGUCCUCCCGCCGGCCGUCAAGGCCGCCUUGCCCCUGGCCAACGCCCAAAACCUGCCCCGGCGCAACGCCAGCCAUCUGGCCACCAUGCUGGUGUAUGAAUACAUGCGCGACCACGAGGCCGAACACAUCGAAGCAGUGCGCAAGGCGUUGCUGGUCCGCCGGGAUGCCAUGCUUGAAGCCCUUACGGCCAACUUCCCGGCCUUCUGCGAGUGGACCGAACCCCAGGGCGGCAUGAUGAUUUUCGUGCGCCUGCCCGAGGGCGCCGACACCUGGAGCACGUUGGUCAAGGCCACCCAACGCGAUGUCAAAUACAACCCCGGCGGCAUGUUCCGUUCCGACCGCGAUCGCAACAACCACUUCCGUCUCACCUACAGCCACAACUCCCCCACCGAGAUACACGAGGGCAUCGCCCGCCUCGCCGAACUGUUCCGCGAAGAGGGCUACUUCGAAGGCUAA